UGAGCCAACUACCAGAGGCAACAGCGACCACGUGCCUGGAUCAUCUUCUCCGUUCCUUUGUCGCAGCUCCCUUCAACGUUCUCCAGUUUUACCAUUUUCGCCUUCUCUAUAUAAAUCCAAUUCCAUUUCCCAACUUCCAGUAUUCAAUUUCCCGUUAAUCCGCCACCGCCGGACUCCCUUCCUUCACUGAGCUUUCAGGUUCCUUGGACGGGCACCAUGGCCACUGGACAAAUAUUUUCUCGUACGACCCAAGCACUGUUCUACAACUACAAGCAACUACCCAUCCAACGGAUGCUUGACUUUGACUUCCUCUGCGGGAGGGAAACGCCAUCAGUUGCUGGAAUCAUCAAUCCGGGUUCCGAGGGAUUUCAGAAACUCUUUUUUGGUCAAGAGGAAAUUGCCAUCCCUGUGCAUUCUACGAUUGAGGCAGCUUGUGCAGCACAUCCCACAGCAGAUGUCUUUAUUAAUUUUGCAUCCUUCAGAAGUGCUGCUGCAUCAUCAUUGUCUGCUUUGAAACAGCCUACCAUCAGAGUUAUAGCUAUCAUAGCUGAAGGUGUUCCAGAGUCAGACACCAAACAGUUGAUUGCAUAUGCACGGGCUAACAAUAAGGUUGUUAUAGGUCCAGCUACUGUUGGUGGCAUUCAAGCUGGAGCGUUUAAGAUUGGUGACACUGCUGGAACAAUCGAUAAUAUAAUACAGUGCAAGCUAUACAGGCCUGGAUCUGUGGGCUUUGUCUCUAAAUCAGGUGGAAUGUCCAAUGAGAUGUACAAUACUAUUGCCCGUGUUACAGAUGGAAUUUAUGAAGGUAUUGCAAUUGGAGGUGAUGUGUUUCCAGGCUCCACUCUUUCUGACCAUAUUUUGCGGUUUAACAACAUCCCACAGAUCAAGAUGAUGGUUGUACUUGGAGAACUUGGUGGUCGGGAUGAGUAUUCCUUAGUUGAAGCCAUGAAACAAGGAAAAGUUACCAAACCAGUGGUUGCCUGGGUCAGUGGUACUUGUGCAACACUGUUUAAAUCUGAAGUUCAAUUUGGACAUGCUGGAGCAAAAAGUGGUGGUGAGUUGGAGUCUGCACAAGCUAAAAACCAAGCUUUAAGGGAUGCUGGUGCAAUCGUUCCUACUUCAUAUGAAGCCCUUGAAGAUGCAAUCAAGGAAACAUUUGGAAAAUUGGUCGAAGCGGGGAAAAUUACUCCAGUCAAGGAAGUGAAGCCUCCACAAAUUCCUGAAGAUCUUAACUCAGCAAUUAAGAGUGGAAAAGUUCGAGCUCCAACCCAUAUUAUUUCCACCAUUUCUGAUGACAGAGGUGAGGAGCCCAGCUAUGCUGGAAUUCCAAUGUCUUCCAUUGUUGAGCAAGGUUAUGGUGUUGGGGAUGUUAUCUCACUAUUAUGGUUCAAGCGCAGUCUUCCUCGGUACUGUACACAUUUCAUUGAGAUAUGUAUCAUGCUCUGUGCUGACCAUGGUCCUUGUGUAUCUGGAGCACACAACACGAUAGUAACAGCUCGGGCUGGAAAAGACCUCGUGUCCUGCCUUGUCUCAGGUUUGCUUACGAUUGGCCCUCGAUUUGGUGGUGCCGUUGAUGAUGCUGCUCGAUACUUUAAGGAUGCAUAUGACAGGAAUCUUACACCAUACGAAUUUGUCGAAAGCAUGAAAAAGAAAGGGAUUCGUGUGCCUGGAAUUGGCCACAGGAUCAAGCGAGGCGACAACCGAGAUAAGAGAGUGGAGCUACUCCAGCGGUUUGCUCGGACACAUUUCCCAUCUGUGAAGUACAUGGAGUAUGCCGUGCAAGUUGAAACUUACACUCUCUCAAAGGCAAACAACUUGGUUCUUAAUGUAGACGGUGCAAUUGGAUCCCUUUUCUUGGAUCUUCUUGCUGGCAGUGGAAUGUUCAGCAAACAAGAGAUCGAUGAGAUUGUCGAGAUCGGCUAUUUGAACGGGUUGUUCGUGUUGGCUCGAUCCAUCGGUCUGAUCGGGCACACAUUUGAUCAGAAGAGACUGAAACAGCCACUUUACCGCCAUCCAUGGGAAGAUGUUCUCUACACCAAAUGAUGAAUUCAGCAAUAGCAGGAGUAACAAAUACCAAUCUCUAGAAGUAUGUUUCUUUUCAAAAUUUAUUAUUGGUGCUUCUAUUUGGUGGAAUCUCUUUUUCUUCUUACACUCAUUUCCUUAGUUACUUCAAAUUUCUUUAAGGUUGUCUAGUUCAUAAAGAAUUGUACUUCAGUUUUGAAAUAAGUGUCAAUCUACAACAGUCCUUGUGUAAAAUUAUGUCUCUUAGACCUUUAAAGUCAAUGGAAAUUAUGUUCUGAAU